CCCACCAUAGAAACCAUAUCCCCCCGCACACACCUUUGUUUCUGAAUUCUGAGCCAGACAAUCAAAAGCUACCCCCUAUCCGAUCCAACCCUUUCUGGCUGCUCCUCCGUCCGGCCGGCAUCGGCAGUGCAGGAUGGCUCUGAGGAUGUGGGCGAGCUCAGCCGCCAAUGCGCUCAAGCUCUCGGCGGGCGGCGCCGGAGCCCGGGCUGCUGCCUUCUCUAUCUCCAGGUUCUUCUCCACUGUUCACGAUGGGUUGAAGUACACUCAGUCUCACGAAUGGGUCAAGACGACGGGCGACGUCGCCACCGUUGGCAUCACGGACCAUGCUCAGGGCCACCUGGGAGAGGUGGUGUUCGUGGAGCUGCCGGAACCCGGCACGAAGGUGGCCGCGGGAGGACCCUUCGGCAACGUGGAGAGCGUGAAGGCCACCAGCGACGUCAACUCCCCGAUCUCCGGCGAGGUCGUCGAGGUCAAUGCCAAACUGUCAGAGACGCCCGGCCUGAUCAACACGAGCCCGUACGAGGACGGGUGGAUGAUCAAAGUGAAGCCGAGCAGCCCGGGGGAGGCGGACGCCCUGCUGGACGCCGCCAAGUACACCAAGCACUGCGAGGAGGAAGACGCUCACUAGACCCAGGCCCAGCCAGCAAGCGUGGAUGCUUACAACGACAGCGCGCGUUUGGUGGUGUUGAUCCUCCGCUCAGUCUCUCUUUGUUGCAAAAACUCCACCAAGCAGUCCGCCAUAGCCAAGAAGGCCACACUCACCUUUAUCAUCCAUGCCUUCCGUUUUUUUUUGGUGUGUGCUACUACCUUUUUUUUAAAAGAAAAGAAGUGGUUCUGAAUAUCGA